GCAAACAUGGUCAACAUUCACUUGGUACCCCACUCCCACGACGAUGUGGGCUGGCUGAAGACGGUUGAUCAAUACUUUUAUGGCCACAGGAACAACAUUCAGCACGCUGGAGUCCAGUACAUAAUCGACACAGUAAUUGCCGAGCUGAUCAAGGAUCCCGCUCGUCGUUUUAUCCAAGUGGAGACAUCGUUCUUUUCCAAGUGGUGGGACGAACAGUCGGAGACCGUCAGGUCAAUUGUCAAGAAACUGGUCAACGAAGGUCGUCUUCAGUUCACCAACGGAGCAUGGAGCAUGAACGAUGAAGCAGCCGUGAACUACCAGAGUGUGAUCGAUCAGUUCACAGUUGGAUUGAAAUUCCUGGAUGAUACCUUUGGAGUUUGUGGACGUCCCCGUGUCGGUUGGCAAAUCGAUCCCUUUGGUCACUCCCGUGAGCAGGCUUCUCUCUACGCCCAAAUGGGAUACGAUGGUGAAUUCUUUUCCCGCAUGGACCACAACGAUAAGGGUAGGCGAAUGAUCGAUCUUGAGCUUGAAAUGGUUUGGGAUGCCAGUGAGACUCUGAGCGACGUCAAACUCUUCACGGGACUACUGUACACCUUUUACUGGGAUACCCCUGGAUUUUGCUUUGAUGUGCAUUGCAGUGACGACCCAAUUAUUGAUGGCGAUAGCUACGACAAUAAUGUCAAGUCCAGAGUGGACGAUUUCAUUGCCUAUGCUGCCCAGGUUGCCGAAAAGUUCCGGACGAACCACAUUAUGAUCCCCAUGGGUGGUGACUUCCAGUACGAAGAUGCCGAGGUUAACUUCAAGAAUAUGGACAAACUGAUCAAGUACAUCAACGAACGUCAGUCCAGUGGAUCUAAGUACAACAUAUUCUACUCUACACCGGCCUGCUACCUAAAUUCUGUUCAUAAGAGUGUGCAGUCCUACCCCAACAAGACCCUGGACUUUUUCCCCUAUGCCAGUGACUCAAACAGCUUUUGGACUGGUUACUACACAUCUCGUCCCACCCAAAAACGUUUCGAGCGUGAUGGAAACCACGUUCUUCAGGUGGCGAAGCAGCUGAGUACUUUCGCAGGGUUGAACAGCGAGCAACAGAAGCAGGACCUCGAGUACCUCCGCGAGAUCAUGGGUGUCAUGCAGCACCACGAUGCCAUCACCGGAACCGAGAAGCAACACGUGUCUGACGACUACGAUCGCAUCCUGUACGACGCUAUCGUCGGAGGAGUCAACACUGCCGGCGAUGCACUUCGCAAGCUGACCAACCUGCCCAACGGAGAAUUCGAGAGCUGCCUGCAGCUGAACAUCAGCGAGUGCGCCUUCACCAAGGACAGUGCCGACAACGUGGUGGUGACCCUGUACAACCCCUUGGCCCACACCACCGAGCAGUAUGUGCGAGUACCCGUCAAGAACGAGAACUAUCAGGUUACCGAUGAGAAGGGUCGCGUGGUGGCCUCCGAAGUUGUUCCAGUUCCUUGGCAAGUCUUGGCUCUGGAGUUCCGCAACAACGACACUCAGCACGAGCUGGUCUUCAAGGCUUCAGUCAACAAGAUCGCCAACUACUAUAUCAAGAGGGUUGACAGCACUGAUAGUGCUCUUAAGGCAAAAACCCAUGCUCAAACCUUUGACGACGAAGAGACAGUUGUCCAGACAUCGCUUGUCAAAUUGGUGCUGGACAACAAAACUGGUCUUCUGAAGCGGGUUGAGAUGAACGGAGUCUCUGAGAAUAUUGAGCAGAGCUAUGGUGCUUAUAGAACAUAUGACUCUGGUGCUUAUGUCUUCCGUCAGUACAACCAAGGAGACUUCGUCAUCCAGGAAGAUGGAGUCGAGUUUACUGUUUACGAAGGCGCCUUGGUCAAGGAAGUCCACCAGAAAUUCAACGAUCACGUCUCGCAAGUCAUCCGAAUCUACGAAAAGAAAAACAUUGUGGAGUUCGAGUGGCUGGUUGGCCCCAUUCCAAUUGAAGAAGAGUUUGGUACUGAAGUGGUCAUUACCUUUAGUAGUGAAAUCGAUUCCAAUGGCGUAUUUUACACUGACUCCAAUGGUCGUGAGUUAAUCAGGCGCGAAAAGGAUAAGCGUGAAGGCUUUAAUCCAGAACUGGAUAGACAGCCGACUGCUGGAAACUAUUACCCAAUUACAUCCCGCAUUGCUCUGCAGGACAGUAACAAGCGCAUUGCUGUUUUAAACGACCGAGCUCAGGGAGGAUCCAGCAUGAAGGAUGGUCAAAUUGAGCUCAUGUUGCACCGCCGUCUUGUUCGCGAUGAUGGAUACGGAGUGUCUGAGACCCUGGACGAGCAAAAAUACGGACAACCGUUGAUCGCUCGUGGCAAGGUCUUCCUGAUCCUGAACGCUGCCGAUGAAUCCACCUCCGCGGAGCGAGAAGCCGAGAAGGAGUUCCACCUGCCCCUUUGGAAGUUCUUCAGCAAGAACACCGGAAGCACCACCGCUGCCGCCAAGUCGGUUCCCAGCUUCGAUGAUUUCCCCAAGUCCGUGCACCUCCUUACCCUGGAACCCUUCAACGAUGACGAGGUUCUGCUGCGUGUGGAGAACUUCAAGGACCACAUCGAAGGCAAGGUGGUUAGCUUCAACAUUCACCCGAUCUUCGAGUACUUGAACGGAGUGGAAAUCCGUGAAACCACCUUGGAUGGCAAUCUGCCGCUCAGUGACUUGAAGCGAUUCAAGUUCCACGCAGAGGGAUCGGGAGCGAUGGGAACCGAAGCUGAGUACUACACCUCUUCGCACAAGCCAAUGGCAGUUGAUGAGUCACAAGAUGCCUCUGAAUUUGCUGUCACCUUGUACCCAAUGCAAAUCCGAACAUUCAUCAUCAAGAUAAAAUAAAUACAUUAAUAUGUACCAGAAUAAUUCUUUAGUUGGAUUAAAUAAAAUUGAAUGAAACUGA